UUAGUUUCCAAUUACACACUCACUAAUAUUUCUAUUCAUAUCUUCCAACAACAAAAUAAAAAGCUACCAACAAAUUUAAGUGUCCAAGUUCCAAAUUCAAUGCCUUCUUCUUCUUCUUCAUCGUUUCUUAUUGUCUUGCUUUGUUGUUACCAUGCACUUAUUACCAUUAUCCCUUGCGCACUUGGUGACCCAAGAACGACAGAGGCAGCGCUAUUGUGCUCCAACAUAAUUAUAUCCCCACCUGUUCGCCGAGAUUUCAUAUCAAACUUCUGGGAUGCCUUGAGCUCCAUGACCCCUCUUGUUUCUAACAAAAAAUUUGCAGCUCUUCACAAAGGCUCUCAAAAUGCCACUGUCUAUGCUUUUAGUGAGUGUAUGAAAGAUCUCUCUAAACCAGAUUGUGAUGUUUGCUUCUCUGAAUCCAAAACAAAGAUCUUAAGAUGCUCGCCGUUUCAGAGAGGCACUAUUGGUGGAAGACUCUUCCUUGAUGGGUGCUACAUGAGGUAUGAUCAUAAAAAUUUCUUCAAUGAUAGUAGUGUUAGUGGUGAAGAUAAAACUGUGUGUGGAACCAAGGAUUUUGGUGGGGAUAGGAGUGUUUACAAGGCUAAUGCUAUGGAACUGGUGAGGAAUUUGAGCUUGGAAGCACAAAAGAAAAAUAAUGUUUGGUUCUUCCAUGCUGGGUCUGUGAAUCAUAGGAAUGUGAGUGUUUAUGGUUUGGCUCAGUGCUGGAAAUUUGUGAAUGAAAGUGGAUGCAAGACAUGUUUGGAUGAAGCUGUUACUAGGAUUGAAUCAUGUGCUUCAAAAGAAGAAGGAAGAGUGUUGAGUGUUGGUUGUUACUUGAGGUAUUCAAAUGACAAGUUCUAUAAUGAUAAUUCAAGCAAUGUUGUUGUCCCUUUCGGAAAACAAGGACAUAGUAACCUUCCUCUGAUUGUGGCUGCAUCAUCUUCUUCCUUGGCUCUGCUACUGAUCGUUGUAACGGUUACUUUCUUUGUAAGAAUGAAUAUAUUGAAGCAGAGAAGAGAAAGAAGAAAGUUUGGUGCGCUUUUGGAAACAGUGAACCAAUCUAAACUAAAUAUGUCAUAUGAAGUUCUUGAACAAGCAACAAAUUACUUCAAUGAUUCCAAUAAGCUAGGAGAAGGAGGAACAGGUUCAGUUUACAAAGGAGUUCUGCCAGAUGGAAAGAUUGUGGCCAUAAAAAGGCUUAGCUUCAUCACAACACAAUGGGCAGAUCAUUUUUUCAAUGAGGUGAAUUUGAUAAGUGGGAUUCAACACAAAAAUCUUGUGAAGCUUUUAGGGUGCAGCAUUACAGGACCUGAAAGCCUUCUUGUUUAUGAAUAUGUACCUAAUGGGAGCCUCUCUGAUCACUUCUGUGUUAGAAAGAAAUCUGAAGGGUUGAAUUGGGAAGUGAGGCAUAAGAUCUUGUUAGGAACUGCAGAGGGCUUGGCCUAUCUUCAUGAGGAAUCACAAAUGAGAAUCAUUCAUAGAGAUAUAAAAUUGGGAAAUGUUCUACUUGAUGAAAACUUCACACCCAAGAUUGCUGAUUUUGGACUUGUUAGAUUGUUCCCUGAAGACAAUUCUCACCUUAGCACAACCAUUGCUGGUACACUGGGUUACAUGGCACCAGAGUAUGUAAUUCUUGGGAAGUUAACUGAGAAAGCAGAUGUCUACAGUUUCGGAGUGUUAGCCAUUGAAAUUGUAUCAGGAAAAAAAAUUAGGUCAAUUGUUCAAAAUUCAAUCUCCCUUCUACAUGAGGUUUGGAGCCUGUAUGAAACAAAGAAGCUAUGUGAAAUAGUUGAUCUAAGCCUAGAGGGAAAUUACCCUGCAGAGGAAGCAUGUAAACUCCUUAAGAUAGGGUUGCUUUGUGCACAAGCUUCUCCAGAGCUGAGACCAUCAAUGUCACAAGUUGUGAAAAUGAUUAAGGACAACAAUCAGGAACAGAUUUCUGAACCAACGCAGCCACCAUUUCUAAACCGUUGCAGCGGCGAAUUCAGCAGAUCUAUUUUAGAUGCUGAAGAUAGUUUUAAUGCUGGAUCCUAUGCUCAUCAUCACUCUUCAGUCUAUAACACGAGUGAAAAUCUGAUUCAACCUUUGUACAUUUCAAAUCGGAGUUCAGAAUAUUUUAGUGCAUGAAACCUUUAAUUAUGCCCAUAAUACAUGAAUUUCCAUGUAAAUUUUUGUUGUAUGAUUCCUUUUUUUUAUACCUUCUCUUUUUUUUAUUGAGAUUGUGGAAUUGGGGUGUUUCGAAGGUUUUAAUCCAAUACUUACUCUGUAUAUAUAUUUGU